GAUGUCGAUGAAUGCCAAAAUGGUAUCCAUGAGUGCAUCAAGGAUGUGGCAACAUGUGUAAAUCAACUUGGAUCCUACUAUUGUAUUUGUAAUCAUGGAUACACGGGGGACGGAAAAACCAGUUGCAUACCUGAAGGUGAGUUAUUUUUUUAUCACGUACGAGAAAAAUAUGAGGAAGAUAAAUAUCGGAAAAGUUUGAUUCAUAAAACCAAUAUUUCUUCCAAUGACUUCUUCUGAUUGGUUGAGAGAGUGUUGUGAGUUGUAUGGACCAAUCACAGAGCGAGGUAAAGCAAGGCAAUGCAAUCCGGGUUACUCUGGACACUCCAUUGAAAAAUGGUCUAAAAAUAAAGGUAGCUUUUGUAAUAAUCAAUUUGUCAUUAAUGAUUACUUAGAAUGUCGAAGAUACACGAAAUUGACGGACAAAACCAGGAAAACCACGUACGUUACCAGAAGAAAAAGAUGCGACAAACACCUUGGUCCUGGCUGGUUUCGUUUCCAAGGAAGAGCGGGAACAAAGAUGCCGACUAAAUGUCUAUCCAUGUCGAGAUGUGGUACUUAUGGAACAGGUUGGCUGCGCGGCACUCAUCCAUCAGUGGCUGAAGGCGCAGUUGACAGA